CCCCACCCCACCCACCAGCCCCGGGGGGGGACCAUGGAGGACGAGAAGCUGGAGUUCCCCUCGCUCCCGCAGUGCAAGGACGACGCCGAGGAAUGGACAUACCCUAUGAGACGAGAGAUGCAGGAAAUUUUACCUGGAUUGUUUUCAGGUGCAUAUUCUUCUGCUACGAAAAGCAAGCUACCUAUACUGCAGAAAUAUGGAAUAACCCAUAUAAUAUGCAUAAGACAAAAUAUUGAGGCAAACUUUGUUAAACCAAACUUUCAACAAUUAUUUAGAUAUUUAGUCUUGGAUAUUGCAGAUAAUCCAGUUGAAAAUAUAAUACGUUAUUUUCCCAUGACUGAAGAAUUUAUUGAUGGAAGCUUACAAACUGGAGGAAAAGUUCUUGUCCAUGGAAAUGCAGGAAUCUCCAGGAGUGCUGCCUUUGUUAUUGCAUACAUUAUGGAAACAUUUGGAAUGAAGUACAGAGAUGCAUUUGCUUAUGUUCAAGAAAGAAGAUUUUGUAUUAAUCCUAAUGCUGGAUUUGUUCAUCAACUUCAGGUAACUUCUCUCCUCCUCAUGUUUAAAGUAGUCAGAAAGGAGGAUAAUUAAAAU